CACUCACACGAAAGGGUGCCUAGCGUGUUCUCGUCCCGUAAUGGCGUCGCAACGCGGAGGACGUUUGAAUUCACAGAACAUCCUUCUCAGAAAGCCGUCGAUCGUGGGGGAGUGACGGUGAUGGUACCCAGGUCUGUUUACAUACGUCGUUGAUCCCGAUGGGCGGUGUCUUGGCCAAAGAAAAUCCUCCCCAAAUUGGUGCUGUUGCCAUGUGUCGCGUGUUCUCACCUUCGCCAGGUCUCCUUACUCAAACUAACGCCUUUGGCAUGCGCUCGAAGCUUUCAGGCCACGACAAACCGCGUAAGUCAGCGGGAAUUUCAGAAGAGCACAUCUCUCAGGGCGCCGUUGAUCCCGAUGUACGUUGGAUUAUCGCGCCCCUCAUGCUAGUGCGUCGCCCACUUGGUCAUCGUGCCGUGUGCUGUAAGUUUUGCAAGGUGGUAAGCGUGUUCACGCGAUGCGGGGGGUCGCUAUUGGCCCAUGUAACCGCCUCUCGGGAAGGCGCAGACGACGAAUACGCAGGGUGGAACCUGGAACGCACGUCAGCUGCGCCUCAUGCGCGCUACCCAGCAUGCUUGAUCAACCUCAUAUGGUGCGCCAACCUCAAUCGGGCGAUCAGCUAUGGGUCACCGGCACUUUGAGCCGGCGUAGUGUCCUCACUGGGACGAUCCCCUGCGCGCGCGGGACGGCAAUGUCCGCCAAA